CAUCCCCACCAGUCUGAGCAUCAGUGCGUGUGUGAGUGUGUGUAUGUGUGUGUGUGUCCAGGGUCCAGACAUGUUACCCUUAUCAAUUAAAGACGACGAGUACAAGCCGACCAAGUUCAACCUGCUGGUGAAGCUGUCGGGAUGGUUCAGGUCGAUUCUCGCAGAUAAAACGUCCAGGAACCUGUUCUUCUUCCUGUGUCUGAACCUGUCCUUCGCCUUCGUGGAGCUCAGCUACGGCAUCUGGAGCAACAGUCUAGGUCUGAUCUCAGACUCCUUCCACAUGUUCUUCGACUGCACCGCCCUGCUAGCCGGCCUCGCCGCCUCCGUCAUCUCCAGGUGGAGGUCCAACGACAGCUUCUCCUACGGGUACGUCAGAGCUGAGGUCCUGGCGGGCUUCGUCAACGGACUCUUCCUCAUCUUCACCGCGUUCUUCAUCUUCUCAGAAGGAGUCGAGCGAGCCCUGGAGCCCCCCGACGUCCACCACGACCGGCUGCUUCCCGUCUCGGUCGCCGGCCUGCUGGUCAACCUGGUGGGGAUCUUCGUGUUCCAGCACGGAGGACACGGACACUCGCACGGGGGGGACGGAGGUCACGGCCACAGCCACGCUCUGUUCAACGGCAGCCUGAACCACGGACACGCCCACGGAGGUCACGGAGGUCACGGAGGUCACGACCACCACAAACACGGGGGACACGGACACAGUCACGACGACCAUGACGGUCACGGUCACAGUCACGACGGACACGGACACGGUGGACACGGACACAGCCACGGUGGACUGGGUCUAGAUGAGCCGGGGAAGGGAGCCAGCAAGCAGAUCCUGCAGGGAGUCCUCCUGCACAUCAUCGCAGACACGCUGGGCAGCAUCGGCGUGAUCAUCUCCGCCCUGCUGAUGCAGCAGUACGGCCUGAUGAUCGCUGACCCCAUCUGCUCCAUGCUGAUCGCCCUGCUCAUCGGAGUCAGCGUGGUGCCGCUCCUGAAGGAAUCCAUCGGGAUCCUGAUGCAGAGGACGCCCCCGUCCCUGGACCAGGCCCUGCCCGAGUGCUACCAGAGGGUGCAGCAGCUGCAGGGCGUCUACAACCUGCAGGAGCCUCACUUCUGGACGCUGUGCACCGACGUUUACAUCGGGACGCUGAAGCUGCUGGUCGCCCCCGACGCCGACGCCCGCUGGAUCCUCAGCCAGACGCACAACAUCUUCACACAGGCCGGAGUCCGGCAGCUCUACAUCCAGAUCGAAACCGCCGCCAUGUAGAGGCUCCGCCUCCAACCCUGGGACCAAUCACAUCGUCUGCUGCUGCCGGUGACCUCUGACCCCCAAACCCCCGCCCCGCGGCCGCAGCAGCACAGACUAUGAAGGAGGGGGGGCACACAAGAACUGAUGAACUCACACAGCCCCCCCACCCCCAACUAUGACAGGUGUUUUUUUACCUGUCGGGGUUGCUGGGUAACCUCCCUCCCCCUCGUUGACUGGAGCAAAGCAUUCUGGGUAAGUGCCUUCACCGUGAAUCAGAGACAAUCUGAGCCCCCCCCUCCGCCGCCGGGACCAGCUGAUUGGUCCUCGGCCGGCGUGAUGUCACUUUUAUACUGUGCCAAACCGUUUCCUUUUUCUGAAGCUGUAAUAAAUAAUUCUGAUGAGACGAGAUCAGCUUCUUUAUUGAUGACGUCACAGGACUCUGGCCGUCCUCAGAAUUUUAAACAUGAAACCAAAUGACAUUAAAAGUUAAUUUAUCUUGGAUCAAA